AUGGCGGAAUUCACAAAGGUGUUCAACGUUGAAAAGGGUAGUGGAGCUUACAGGAACUUCAUUGAGGACUUGCACGUUGAAUUGGGAGAGACCUUUUCACACAAUAUUCCCGUACUUCCUGCUCAGCAAAAUCCACCCACUCGAUGUUUCUUGGGUUACGAUGGCGGCUACAAUGCCUUGGAACGUGUUUCCGGACAAGGUAUGAAUAACAUAGCCCUUGGCCCGACUGCACUCACUAAUGCCGUAAAUGAUCUGGCUACCUCAACGAUCUCCUACGCAGAUCGCAUGAGGUCACUGAUCAUCGUGAUUCAAAUGUUUUGCAAAUCGAUUACAUUCACUCGUAUCUCCAACCUUCUCGCUGUCACAUUCAGUAGUAGUAGUUCUUCAUCAUUCCCUAAUUGGAUGCUAGCACUAGUGCGUAGCUACGGAGACCUCUUUGCCGCAUUGUUGCGAGCCGAUGUUGAUCCCAAUAAUUUCUUCCGACUUCUGCAACCCAAUGAUAUGAAUAUCGUGUCCGCUCUGGACGCGGUUACCGUACUUGACAUAUUGCUCAAGAGUGUCCGCGCAUCAUCAUCAUCAAAUCCUAAACCCCAAACCGUAAGCCUAAACCCUAAGGUUUUAGGGUUUAGGGUUUUGGGGUUAGGGGGUUAG